AUUAUUUAUGCCAAUCGUAUAAGGAAAAGCAAAGUUGUGGCAUCCAACAUAAGAAGAAUAAGUAAAAAUUUAAGAAUUUAUAAAAAGGAUGCUUAUGAUGAUAGAAUGAUUGCAAAUAUUGAAUUAAAAUCAUUGGAUUUUGAUGAUGAGAACUUUUCACCAGUUUUCAAUAGAAGCAAAAAAGAAUUCUUUUUGUAAGCAAGUGAGAAAUACAAAAAAGAUUUAUCAAAAGUAAUAAAGUUAUUAGAUAAAUUUAGCUAGCACGACCAUUCUAAUCAUAUUCAUGUGAAGAAUUUGUUAACAAAUAUAUAUUUAUUAAGCCUAAUCAUACAUAUUGGAGAGAGUGGACAGUUACCAAAUGGUUGUCAGGUUUUGGAUUAGGAUAUUUGGUGUUAAGAGAAGUAUUAAAUUAUCUGGAAAAUAAAUUAGUUACCAUUACGUAAUUUUUAUGCAAGAGUCUUUGUAAUGUGGAUCUUUUUAGCAAAGUUGAGUGAUCAUUUUAGUUCAAUUUUACCUUAUCAUGGUAAAUUAGUAAUAUCUACUCAAUCGGAUAGAUUUUCAAAGUAAAUAAGAAUAAAUAUGAUUUUAGCAAAGAUAUAAAUCAAUAUCAUAAUGUGUGCAGUGCAUUACACUUCUUAGAGAUGCCAACCUUUUAGAAUAGAAUAUCAGAAUCUCUUGCUUGGAGAGCCAAAUAGCCAGCCCACUUGUUAUAUAAUGAUACAAAUUGGUGUUUACAUAUUCUUAAAAAAUGGCAUGGUCGUCCAACUCAUAUUGCACAUUGGGUAUUUUUUUAUUAAUUUAUAUUUCAGGAUGGUACAUUCAAUCAACCAUUAGAAAGAUUAGCUGAUCCAUAUCAUAAAGAUGCUCAUUUUAUUCAUUGGAUUUGAGUUAUUUUUCAUACAAAAGAUAAAUAUGG